AUGUCCGCCUCGUCCUCGUCAACCCAAAAUGUUGCCCACGGUUUUGCUCAAACACCUCCAUCCGGCGGCGCCGAACAGAAGUCACAUCCGCCGCAACCACGCGUUCGCCGCCGAAAUCGUCUCAUCACUUCUUGUCUUGAAUGUCGACGGCGAAAGCUGAAAUGUGACAAAGCCAAUCCGUGUACGCAUUGUACAAAAACUAACCGAAAAUGCGUCUUCAUCGCCUCGGGCAUGGACGCGGACGCACAAGCGAAACUUGCCGAAGUCAAAGAACGGAUGGGCAUGCUGGAGAAGAGCCUGGAAGAAGAUGUCGUGCUCAAAAGAAAACCUAGUAUCAGAACUACCUCUGAAUGUUCGAGACUGAGUGUUCUGCCUGGCCAAGAGCAGCAGAGCGAUCAAGAGGACGAAGAAGAUACCCGAGACCUCCGUCCAACCAACCUUGUUACUGAAGAUUCUGCCUACUGUGAGCCUGAAGAGGAUUUCAAUGAUGACAUGGUCGAUCUGGGCUUUCGCAUAGGAAAAUUACGCAUUACUGAUCGAGUUGGAGGUCUUGUGCGUCCGAGAUUCUCCGACGAGCUUGCCCAAUCUCUCAACGAACUUCCUCUGCAGGCAUCUCCUAGCCGAUCUUUCAUCGAUGAAGACCCCAUAAACUGGUUAGCGCCGACUUCCGACUACAUUGCCCCGUCUUCAAACUUCAUCUUGGCGUCCGGCGUCGACAGAGCGUUGCUUGAAUCUCAUCUUCCGGCACGAGCCGUAGUUGAUAGGUUGAUUGCCAAUUAUUGGAUACGCGUUCAUCCCAUCGCACGUACUGUGCAUCGCCCUUCGUUUGAGCGUCAGUAUCAAAACUUCUGGAUCAGGAUGAACAUGGGCAUGAAGCCUCGCUCUUCAUUCCAAGCCGUGCUCUUUGCUGCCUUGUUAAGCUCCGUGGUCUCCAUGAGUGCGGAUACAGUGCGUAAUGAAUAUGGUGCCGAAAAGAGAACCUUGGUAGACAAUUUCCGUGAGGGGGCUGAAGCAGCUCUUGUCAAGGCCAAUUUCCUGCGAACCGCCAAACUGGAGACGCUGCAGGCUUUUGUCAUGUACCUGAUUCCCUUGUGUCGUAAUGAAGUAUCUCGCGCUCAUUCUGCACUCGUUGGGUCGCUCAUACGCCUGGCAGAGUGCAUGGGACUACACCGCGACCCCACAGCAUACAGCACCUCGUCCAUUGAGACUCAAGUUAGACGCGUUCUCUGGUUUCAGAUCUGCUUCCUCGAUAUCCGCACCUGCGACGCUGUGGGACCUCGCCCGCACAUCCGUCUGGACGACUACGAUACGCGCUUUCCGCUAAACAUCGAUGACGUUGAACUCGACCGCGCUGAGCGUGGCGAAAGCGGCAUAGAUUCUUUCCAGGCUGCCAUGGAGAAGAAAUACGUCCCGAUGCUCGGAAAGUCUGAGCCGCUUCACGUUCUAGCAUCAGAGCUGCAUGGAAUUUUUUCGAAUCGCUUGUACAUUUCCUUGCUGCAGAGAUACAUAACAGCUGCCCGCAAUAGAUUGCCGGAACGCUUACGACAACUCACAUUGAGUGCGGCAACCAUGAUCUUGGAACACGGCAUGACCGUCGAACAAGACCCGGUUCUAUCCGCCUGGUCAUGGAUCGUCGGUGCCCUCCAUCAACACCACUGUGCCCUUCUUCUCGUCAACGAAGUCUACAUCGUCAACCCAGAACCAGCAAUGGAACAACGUAUCUGGCGCUGUCUAGACUACUCCUUCGACAUACCGAGCGGUCUCUCCAACGUGCAAAAAAUCCGACUCGUCCUAGAAGAAUUAAUCUGGAAAUCGAAAAAAUACGCCGAAAUGACAGGCAAUGACGUAGAGCGCAUGUUUGGAAGUGCAGAGUUGGGGGCGGGGAAUAUGCUUAUUCCGCCGUUUACGUUUCCGCAGUUUUCGGCGGAGCAUCUGAGGGCGCCGCUGGGGAGGGAUGGUGUGUAG